AUGUACCAAGGACUUCACUACGAUCCAGAUAAUAUAAUAGAAGAAGAUGGUGGAGACAUUUCCCAGGAAGACUGCUGGGCCGUCAUUCAAACAUUUUUUAACGACAAAGGACUUGUUCGUCAACAGCUGGACUCGUUCGACGAGUUUGUUCAGAACACUAUGCAAGAGAUUGUUGACGAGAACAGGAAUCUAGUUCUACAAACAAUACAAGGCUCUGGAAGCGAAGGUGAUCAGGCGAGACGAUUUUACAUUCAAUUCGGUCAAGUUUAUUUAUCCAAACCGACAAUGACCGAAGCGGAUGGUAGUUGUCAAGCCAUGUUUCCCCAAGAAGCUCGACUUCGGAACUUGACAUAUGCCGCACCAUUAUACGUUGACAUGAGGGAGAAGAUAGCACAUGCGGAUCCUAGAGCACCUGCCAAUCGAGACAAGACGAAUGUGAAUGAUAUGUUCAACGAAGACGACCUUCAAGAAGAGAAUCAGAAUCCCGCAGAUUUCGAUAAAGUCUUUGUGGGAAAGGUACCGAUAAUGCUAAGAUCAACUUUCUGCGUUUUACAUGGAUUGGAGGAUAAGAAUUUAUACGCCUUGAACGAAUGUCCAUAUGAUCAGGGUGGCUAUUUUAUUAUAAACGGCUCUGAGAAGGUGCUUAUCGCUCAAGAAAGGAUGGCAACUAAUACAGUGUAUGUCUUUGCGAAGUCACCCCCUUCACCAUAUUCAUACACGGCCGAGAUAAGGAGUGCUGUCGAAAAAGGUUCGAAGCAGUCAAGCUCCCUGAUGAUCAAGCUAUUGGCAAAGACGGCCGAAAGAGGAUCAACGGGUCAAUAUAUUCACUCGACCAUACCAUAUAUUAAAAAAGAUGUUCCAGUGGUGAUUGUAUUCCGUGCUCUUGGCCUAGUGGCAGAUAAGGAGUUUCUUGAACAUAUCUGCUAUGAUGCUAAUGAUUUCCAAAUGCUGGAGGCGCUCAAACCGUGCAUAGAGGAGGCUUUUGCAAUCCAAAGCCAAGAGGUUGCUUUGGAUUGGAUCGGUCGUAGAGGGACAACUACGGGAGCAACUCGCGAUAGGCGUAUAAAGUACGCAAGAGAAAUAUUACAAAAAGAACUGUUGCCUCAUGUCGGUACUGAAUUUAAAUGUGAAACGAAAAAAGCAUAUUUUUUCGGUUAUAUGGUACAUCGAUUACUGCUCGCUGCCCUUGGGAGGCGCGAAUUAGAUGAUCGAGAUCAUUACGGAAAGAAAAGGAUGGAUCUUGCCGGACCACUACUAGCGUCGUUAUUCCGUAUGCUCUUUAAAAAACUUACAAAAGAUAUUGGUGCCUAUUUGCGCAAGUGCAUCGAUACAAGUCGUGAAUUUAACCUCAAUUUGGCAGUGAAGGCGCAGACUAUUACUAAUGGAUUAAAAUAUUCUUUGGCUACGGGGAAUUGGGGAGAUCAGAAGAAGGCCAUGCAGUCGAGAGCCGGUGUCUCGCAAGUACUCAAUCGCUAUACGUUUGCGUCUACACUUUCCCAUCUGAGAAGAUGCAAUACACCGAUGGGACGUGACGGAAAGAUUGCCAAGCCACGCCAGCUUCAUAAUACGCACUGGGGUAUGGUUUGUCCUGCUGAAACGCCUGAAGGACAAGCUUGCGGUUUGGUCAAGAACUUGGCUUUAAUGUCCUAUAUUUCUGUUGGGAGCUCAUCCGACCCGAUUAUUGAAUUCUUGGAGGAGUUUGGCAUGCAGAAUCUUGCUGAAAUACAAUCGAGCAACGUCAAUUUGAAUGAAGCUACAAAGAUAUUUGUGAAUGGUAGUUGGGCUGGGGUCACUCAUGAUCCAGAAGAACUUGUCAAUACUCUUAAACGUUUGAGACGAUGCGUCGAUGUGAGCCCAGAAGUAAGUGUUGUCAGAGACAUUCGUGAAAGGGAAUUACGACUUUAUACAGAUGCUGGAAGAGUCUGCAGGCCACUAUUUAUUGUGCAAGACAUGAGAUUGGUAAUCACUAAGGAAAUAGUACAGAAGCUGGAAGAAUCGAAAAAUGAUCCAGACGCGCCUACUUUCGGUUGGCAAGAUCUAAUUGCGAACGGAUGCAUCGAGCUUAUAGAUGCCGAAGAAGAAGAAACAGUUAUGAUUUGUAUGACGCCACAAGACCUUGCCGAAUCGCGGCGAUACCAUCUUGGUGGUGAAAAAGAAAUAACAAAGCAGAAAGUGAAGGAUGUCUCUGCACGUGUUAAAAGCAAUAUCGCCGCGUAUACAAACUCCUGGACUCAUUGUGAAAUUCACCCUAGUAUGAUUCUAGGCAUCUGUGCGAGCAUCAUACCUUUCCCAGAUCACAAUCAAUCUCCUCGUAAUACUUAUCAAUCCGCUAUGGGUAAACAAGCGAUGGGUGUAUAUGUUACAAAUUAUCAACUGCGAAUGGACACUUUAGCAAACAUUUUAUACUAUCCCCAAAAACCACUUGUAACAACACGUGCCAUGGAGUUUUUGCGGUUCCGUGAACUGCCUGCUGGUCAGAACGCGAUCGUUGCUAUCCUAUGUUAUAGCGGAUAUAACCAGGAAGAUUCGGUAAUCAUGAAUCAGAGUAGCAUUGAUCGGGGUUUGUUUAGGAGUAUGUUUUACAGAAGUUAUAUGGAUCAGGAAAAGAAAGUGGUACGAGUUUGA